AUGGCUUCCAAACCCCACAUUGUCAUCUUCCCCUUCAUGGCUCAAGGCCACACCAUCCCCCUUCUCGACCUCUCAAAAGCUCUCUCUCGCCGAGGCCUCAAAGUGACGAUCAUAACAACGCCUUCAAACGCUUCUUCCAUAACUCCAUACAUUUCCCGUCACUCCAAAAUCCACCUCAUAGAAAUCCCAUUCCCGAAAAUCGAAGGCCUUCCGAAUGGCUGCGAAAACUUGUCCCAAACAUCCUCGCCCGACCACCUUCUCAUAUUCUUAAACGCCACGAAACUCCUCCGAGAGCCCUUGGGAACGACUCUAAAGGACUUGUGCGGACAUGAUGACCCUCCGAGUUGUGUUGUUUCCGAUUCUUUCCUCGGAUGGACCAACGCUUUGUGCCGCUCUUUAGGCAUUCCUCGGUUGGUCUUUAAUGGAAUGGGAGUUUUUGCCAUGGCCGUUAGGAAAGCCUUGUCCAUGCACCAAACACACAAGUGUGCAAAAGAUGACGGUGACAUUGUGCACGUAAAAGGAGUUGAGAUUUCUUUUGAUUUGUUUAGAAGAGAUUUGCCUAGGUCGCUUAGGGUGAUGGAUUGUCGAAUUUCCGAGUUCUUUUUGGAGGCCGAGAGAUCUGAUUUGGGAAGUUUUGGUGUGAUUGCCAAUAGUUUUGUGGAGUUAGAGAAAGAUUAUGUUUUGUCUUUGGAGUCCUUGUAUGGGAAUAAUGGAACUAGGACGUUUUGUGUAGGUCCCUUGUUUUUGUAUGAGCAAAUCGAUAAAAAUGGGAUUGGGCUAAAUGGGCCGGACCCAUCUUCAAAAUGGGCCGAUUUGUUGAACCAGCGUGCUCAAGAGAAUUCUGUUCUUUAUGUGUCUUUUGGGUCGCAGGCCAACUUGUGCGAUGAGCAGCUUGAUGAGUUGGCUUAUGGAUUGGAUCUAUCCGGAGAAGAUUACAUAUGGGUCGUCCGUUCGAAGACUUGGAGUAACCCAACGAAUGUGAUUGGUGGAGAAACAAGGGGUUUGAUUGUGAGAGAAUGGGUGGACCAGAAAUGGGUCUUGGCCCAUUGGGCCGUCGGUGGGUUCUUGAGCCAUUGCGGGUGGAACUCGGUGUUGGAGAGCAUGGCGAACGGGGUGCCGAUUUUGGGCUGGCCCAUGCAGGCCGAGCAGCACCUGAAUGCCAAAUACUUGGUGGAGGAGCUCAAGGUUGGAAUUGGGUUAGAGAGUUGUUGGGCCCGGGAUGGGAGAGUUGUGGGCCGUGAAGAAAUCAGCAGAGGAGUGAAGGAGUUGAUGAGAGGAGUGAGAGGGAAGCAAGCAAGAGAGAGAGCAAUUGAGUUGGGAAGGAUUGCAAAAAAAGCAGUCCAAGUUGGUGGGUCUUCUUAUAAAGAAUUGAAAGAGAUUAUUGAACUUAUAUGCAACGGGAAAACGGGAGAUGAUUCAAUUAAUAAAAUCUCUAGGCGUUGUAGCAAGUGAUCUCACAUU